AUGGGAAAAUACAUCCUUUAUAUGACAGCUAGGCCUGAGGUGAGAGGGUUGCCUCGAUAUAUAUUGGGGCAGUCAAUGGGUGGAGCAAUUGCUCUUAAGAUUCAUUUGAAGGAACCAAACACUUGGGAUGGAGUAAUCCUUGUUGCACCAAUGUGUAAAAUCGCAGAGGGAAUGCUACCAUCAACUGCAGUUUUGAAGCUAUUAAGUAUUUUGUCUAAAGUGAUGCCAAAGGCAAAACUGUUCCCACACAAAGAUCUAUCUGCUCUGACUUUCCGAGAACCUGGCAAGAGAAAAGUGGUUGGAGUUGAAUCUUUCCUUAUAGGCUAUUAUGAUGAUCCAACAAGAUUGAAAACUGGCAUGGAGCUUCUAAGUGCCACUCAAGAAAUCGAGUCACAAUUACAUAAGGUUUCAGCUCCAUUAUUGAUUCUUCAUGGAGCAGCAGAUAAGGUGACAGAUCCAUUAGUGAGCCAAUUUCUUUAUGAGAAAGCUUCUAGCAAGGAUAAGACACUAAGGAUCUAUGAAGGAGGUUACCACGGCAUCUUGGAAGGGGAACCUGAUGACAGAAUUUUUGCUGUCCAUAAUGACAUUAUCUCAUGGCUUGAUUUUAGGUGCUCACUUGAAUGA